AGGCCGAGGCUGCUCUGCAUUGUGCAGUGAUCCCUCCAGGACCGGGGGGACUCUCUCUGCCCCUCCCCCAUUUCCCCCCCGUCCAACCUCACUCCCCGGACCCCGCGCGCCCCAUCACCCGCACGGCCUCGGCCCCUCCCCCACCCCAGAUUACCGGCAGCCCCCUUCCGCGGGAGGGGGGCUGCAGUUACCCUAAGGUGAAGAGCGAACACCCCGGGGGGGUCCCAGUCCCCCCCCCCGCACCUGAGCCAUGCAGGUCUCGAUCGCUUGCACCGAGCAGAACCUGCGGAGCCGCAGCACCGAGGAGCGGCUCUGCACGGGGGGCCGCGGGGCGCCGGCCCCGGGGAAUGGGGGGCACCAGCACCCUAAGGGCGCCCGGGGGCUGGCGCCGGCGGCGGUGGCGGGGCUCCGGGCUCCCGGCCAGCACCUGCCCCACAUCGCGUUCCUGCUGCGGGAAUCCACGGGGCUGGCCACUGGCAUGAAAUACAGAAAUUUGGGUAAAUCCGGGCUCCGUGUGUCCUGCCUUGGACUUGGCACCUGGGUGACGUUUGGCUCCCAGAUCUCAGACGAGACGGCGGAGAAGGUGAUGACCAUCGCCUACGAGAACGGGGUCAAUCUCUUCGACACUGCCGAGGUCUACGCUUCCGGCAAGGCAGAAAAAACUCUGGGCAACAUCCUGCAGAGCAAAGGCUGGAGGCGAUCCAGCUACAUUGUCACCACCAAGAUCUACUGGGGUGGCCAGGCGGAGACGGAGCGGGGCCUCUCCCGGAAGCACAUCAUUGAGGGGCUGAGGGGGUCACUGGAGCGGCUGCAGCUGGACUACGUCGAUAUCGUCUUCGCCAACCGCAUGGAUGCCAACAGCCCCAUGGAAGAGUAUGACCCCAACUUCCGCCUACUGCUACUGGAAGAGAUCGUGCGGGCCAUGACUUAUGUCAUCAACCAAGGCAUGGCCAUGUACUGGGGCACCUCGCGCUGGAGCGCCAUGGAGAUCAUGGAGGCGUAUUCGGUGGCGCGACAGUUCAACCUGGUGCCGCCGGUGUGCGACCAGGCUGAGUAUCACAUGUUCCAGCGCGACAAGGUGGAGUCGCAGCUCCCUGAGAUCUACCACAAGAUCGGUGUGGGCGCCAUGACCUGGUCCCCCCUGGCCUGCGGCCUCAUCACUGGCAAGUAUGAGGAGCGGGUCCCUGAGAACUGCCGAGCCACCAUCAAGGGCUACCAGUGGCUGAAGGACAAGCUCCAGAGUGACAACGGGCGGAAACAACAGGCCAAGAUCAAGGAGCUGCAGCCCAUCGCCGAGCGUCUGGGCUGCACCGUGGCUCAGCUGGCAAUUGCCUGGUGCCUGCGCUCGGAGGGCGUCAGCUCCGUCCUGCUCGGGGUGUCCAGUGCCGAACAGCUGAUUGAGAACCUCGGAGCCAUCCAGGUGCUGGCCCAGCUGACCCCGCCCGUCAUUCAGGAAAUUGACGCCCUCCUGGGCAACAAGCCCAAUACGAAAAAAGAGUCCCGGGCGUAGGGACACGUCGGCGCCCGGGAUUGUGCACGCCCGUGUCCCACCGGACUGCGUAUCCCUCCGCCCGGCUCUCUGCUCCGGUGGGGAGGAGGAGCCACUUCGUGCAUGAACCCAGACCCACCCGCCCGUAUCUUUCCGUGGCGGGGGCGGAGCCAGAUCCCUCCGCCCCCCCCCCUUCCCUUCCCCCCGGCCACUGCUUCGACCCAUCCCCACUGCCGGCAUGAGCCUCUGCUACUUGAGCCGUUUUUCCGCAUUUUGGGGAGGGGCCAUGAGGACCCCGGAGGGAGCCAGGAGCGGGGGGGCUGCACAGGCUGGGGGGACCCCCAGUAAUCAGACAGAGGUGGGGGGAAAAUCAGGGAUGGAUCCCAAGGGCGGGGCCUGGCAGCUGACGUGGAGAACGGGGGGGGGGGGGGUGCAGGGGCACUUGUGGCCUUUCUUGCGCCCCCCCCGCCCCAUUGGCUCCUGUGUGGCCCUGGGACUCUCCCCCCCCCCACCUUGCUGGCUGCCCCCUGCUGGGGCCUUGGGGAAUUUCCUCUAGGGGCCUAUUUUUCUCUCCCUGCCCCCCCCUUCCCAGUGGCGGAAGGAUAUUGAUCCAAUCCACCCGCCCCCAGGACAUUUUUCCUUCCACUUGAGUUUCUUUCUCUGCUUUAAAUGGAAAAAACAAAACCCAUCGAUCAUCCAGAGCCAGCUGUUCCUAUAGCAAUAAUGCUCCAGCGAGGAGGGGUGCGGGGGGGCCUACGAGCCCCCCCAUCCAGGAACGCCCCUCCCCCUCCUGCUUUCGCACAAUCCUGGCUUCCGGUCGGACGGAUGGGGGCUGGACAGAUGGGCCCCGUCCUCUCGGGGGAAGGCGGAGUCGGUACAAAAACGAGAGCGGCGCUUCCCGUUCUCCCCAGGAGGGGGCGACAGGCCCUGCCGCUGACAGAAACCCAGAGGAAAGCGGUGGGGACGGGACCCAGGAGUCUAGGACAAAGUCUCCCCUCCCCUGAACCGUCCUUUUCCUUCGCUUCCUGGCCGACGUUCCCGUGGAGUUGCAAGCGGCUGCCAUGCCUUGCCCCAGAGGUGGCCGCAUCUCCGCCUCGGGCCAGGGGUCCCUGAGUAGCCUGGCAUCGGCUCCCACGGGGCUGCCCCAGCUGGGUUGGCAGGCAGGUGGCCCCCCGCUCUGAGCCGGGCUCUGGGCACGGGUCCCUCCCCACCCUGAACUGGGCUCGUUUCCGCAGACCCUGUAUGAACCCGCGCUGCACCUCAAGAGCCAGUAGGGGGCGCCUUUUCCUUAGAUCCCACCGGACGGGUUUCAGGCUUGGGAGGGGAAUUGAACUCUGGGGUGCGUUAGAGUGGGGGGGGGGGGCUGGGAGCCAGGACU